AUGUCUAGGCUCAACCUCUACAUUUCAGCUGCCGUCGCAGCCUCCACUGGCGCCUUGUUUGGCUACUCGGUCGGCUUUGUGGGAGGGCUGUUGGUAUUGCCCUCGUUCCUUCGCCAUUUCCGCCUCGAUGUCCUUCCACCGAAUGAACUCGCGCGAGCUCAAUCACUUGUUGUCUCUUCGUGGAUCAUUGGGGCCUUCUUUGGGGUGCCCACCGGAAUCCCUAUCUGCUCUCGCUUCGGCCGGAAGGCAUGUUUGAUCUUCAGUGCCGCUCUGUACGUGCUUGGGGCUGCGUUACAGGUCCUUGAUGCUGGGUCGGCACUUUGGUUGUUUGAAGUAGGAAGAUUCCUGAAUGGCUAUGGGGUGGGCGCUGGCACUUUGGUCUCACCAAUUUACAUUUCCGAGAUCGCAACUCCCUCCGAUAGAGGCAUACUGAUGUCUAGCUUUCAAGUCGUGAUUCAAGGCUGCGCUGUGGUCGGCUUUUGGGGAGCAUAUGCUGCUAACGCUGCGAUCGCAGACACUUCAGAUCUACAGUGGCAGGUUCCAGUUGCCGUUCAGCUUGUCCCUGGGAUUCUCCUCCUUUUAGGGACUCUUUAUAUCAAAGAGACACCACACUACCUUGCCGCUAAGGACGAUCUCGAGCUGGUUGGGGGUACUCUGUCCUGGUUCCGAGGAUUGUCCCCCUCCGACGCCGCCGUAAAACGUGAAGCCAGAGAAAUCUCCCAGAGCGUCCUCUCCGGAAUACGUCGACAAGCAAUCCACAAAACACAUUUCCUCCGUGAAGCACUCAGCAAUCCAAUCCGCAAGCGGCUAACCGUCGGUGUCGGCCUGUUCGUCGCACAAAACAUGUCAGGAAUGAACGCGCUGAACUAUUAUGUGGCCAUUAUAUUUCUGACGGCAGGCUUCAAGAGCGUCUCCGCGUCUCUGUUUCUAACAGGGAUAUUUGGCCUUGCCAAACUCGUCUCCGCGCUUCUCUUCAUGUUCCUCUGUGUGCGCAUCUAUGGCAAUCGCUUCUGGCUCCUCUGGGGAACCGGCAUAUGCGCCAUAUCAAUGUUUGUGCUAGGGUACUGUGCGGCAACGAUGCCCGAGCCAUCAGAUGAUGACAGCAUACCGUCUGUGGUUCGCGCCACGCUUUGCGUCCUGAGUGUCUACGUGUACGCAGUCGCAUUCGGGGUUUCGAGCGGGCCAAUUGCCUGGAACGUCUGCAGCGAGAUUUUUCCUUCUUAUAUCAACGCAAAGUGCUGUGCGGUCACGACAUGCACGCAGUGGUUGUUUCAGAUCAUUGUGGCAGCCGUCACACCUAUCCUGCUGGCUUCUAUUGGACCGAUGACUUUCGUCUUCUACGGGGCCUGCAAUGUCAUCGCCAUGGCAUUCUACUACCUCUGCGUGCCUGAGACAAGGGGGGUUGCGUUGGGGAAAGAGAUGAGUCAGGUGUUUGGCCAGGACGACCGCAAAGAUGGGGAAAGUGAUGGUGCGGUGGAGGAAGUGGAGGAUGCUGACGACGAUGACGAUGACGAUGACGAGACGCCUUUACUUGCUACGGAGAGGAAGAGGAGGAGAAGCUCGAUUGCAAUUAUGGUAUAA